CCCUUGGGGAAACCAUGUUGCAAAUAGUCUUCCAAUACUGUUCCUCAGUAUGCUUGUGGAAUGCCCCCUCUUUUUUGGACUUAAUUUCAGUCAUUUAAAAACCACGUGAGAAAAUCAUGGCUUGCUGCGCCGCUCCCCGCUCGCAGCACCGUGCCUCGCUCCUCUCCGAACAUGGCAAAAAUAUCCAGCCCUACAGAGACUGAACGGUGCAUUGAGUCUCUGAUUGCUGUUUUCCAAAAGCAUGCUGGAAGGGACGGUAACAACAGCAAACUCUCCAAGGCCGAGUUCCUUAUCUUCAUGAAUACAGAGCUGGGUGCCUUCACAAAGAACCAGAAGGACCCUAGUGUCCUUGACCGCAUGAUGAAGAAACUGGACCUCGACUCUGAUGGGCAGCUAGAUUUCCAAGAAUUUCUUAAUCUUAUUGGCGGCCUGGCCGUAGCUUGCCAUGACUCCUUUAUUAAGUCUACCUCUUCCCAGAAGUAAAUCAGAGGAGCCUUUGGGCCUGGCCUCCAGCCCCACUCCCUUUCCUUCAGCCUCCCAAUUAUCAUCUACCUCUCACAGCCCACACAUACCCUGAGCCAGGCACACCCACCACCCCAUGCAGGCCACUCCUGCUGGUAGUAAUAAAACAAUAUUGUUUUUUAAAGCACACACUGGAGAGUCAGUAAAUUUGUGCAAGGGAGGGAGAUGACUGGGAGGAAUAUAAACUAGAUUGAUGGAAACAGUAACCAGAAGUUGCAAAGUAGAUAGUAAAAAUGCAUCUUGGGUGUAUACAUAAUCAUGAC